AUGGUUGCAUUGCUAUCAGUUUUUGCCGUAUGGCUGACAUUCUUUUCCAUUUGCUUCACAUUUUUGCCAAUGUUUCAAGUAUUAAAUUGGAGAGAACGUGGUAGUGCUGAUGGCUUCUCAUCAAUUAAUCUUGUUUUACCUGUCCUGAUGAUGAGUUGUUGGUUACGACAUGGGUACAUGACGAAUGAUUUCACGAAUAUUUUUAUUAAUACAGUAAAUUUGGUCGUCUUUACUGGUUAUAUCCUCGCAUUUGCUUUUUAUCAGCCAUGUCGGCGUUAUUUAUGCCUCCAACUUUUUGCACUAUUUUUCUUCCUGUUUUGCAUUUUUUCUUACGUCAGCUGGCAACCGGAUGACAUAUCCAGCGAUGUGAUGGGCAGUAUUGCCGCUGCUAUGCAAAUUAUCAGUUUAGGUGGACAAAUCUAUGAAAUUAAACGGGCAAUAUCGUUUGGCCAUACGGAGUUUAUUCCGGCUGAACUGCAAUUUGGAAUCUUUCUGUCGGCAAUACAGUGGACAAUUUUUGGUAUUCUGAUUGAAAAUUAUUACAUUGCUGUUGCUAACUUUGCCGGACUUCUUGUAAAUAUUGCAACGAUAUCAUUGUACUUUAUCUAUCCACCGCUGACCUGGAAAGUUCCAAUUAUUGGUACCGGUCCACAGCAGAAGAAAACGGAAUAA